GAUCCGCAGCUUUUCAGAAACGUUCAAUGCCUUUUGUAACGCGAAGUAUAGCAAUUAUUCACGCAGUUGAAUGGCUCAACAAUCAAGUGAUACCACAAAGAAUUCGCGAAAUGAGAUUCAGAACACAUAUUCGAUGCUUCGUAAAUUUUUCAUAGUAUCCGGUAAUAAAGGAUCCGCUAUGAAGUCUCUUUGGGCGUCUAUCUUUGGCAGGCCCAAGAACACCGAAGAUUCGAACAAUGAAAGCCAUCAAAAUAAAAGAGCCGGUAUUCUUCCUCCCGAGAGAAUAGUUGAAGAAGUUUCAGAAAUUUCGAAAAAUCGGAAGGAGUCCAAUUGGGAUCAGGGUGAUGAACUAGACGAGCGUAGUGAUGACGGCGAAAGUGAAUCACGAACCGAAAAGUAUAGAUCUCGCUUUAAUAAUCUAUUACAAGGAAUAGAUAAAUGGCAAGAAGUCUUAUCGGCAGAAUUGCAAGCCAGGCAGAAGAUGAGAGAGGUGGGGUUCAAGCGAUCAGCUGUUUCCCAAGCAGAUGCUAGCUUCAUGAAAGAAGUUCAACGACUACAAGCAGAAGGUCAACUAGGUGCUUUUGAACAGCUCUCUAAGCUUGCAGAUGCUUGCCAAUCAGCACGCGAUGGAUUGGGACCUCUAGAAUAUGAAGGUUUCGAAGCUCAAAAGAAGCUCCAGGGACAUGUGUGGGAAUUGCAACAAGUAGAAGAUGUGCUCUUUGAAAGCUUUGCAUCCGAGCUUGGAGAAGGCUAUGAAGAGUCUUCAGUCACUUCAGACUCAAGCUCAGCACAUGAUAUUCUUGGUAUUCCUGAUAAUCCUCCAGCCAUUGCAAAUAAUCAUGGAAUUCGAAAUCAACAAGACGAAGACACUGGAGAACAGUUUCACCCACCGACAAACAUCAUCACUGAGACUGAGAGACAACAAAGCUAUUCUAAUACUACACUUCCCAUCAAUGAUCUCUCGAAAAUAAAGUUGGAUAUACACAAUUUAAGAAUGCUAAUCAGCCAUGAUGAAUCUCAACCUCUUCCCGCAGUACACUUUAGACACUCAGUGGAAUCGGUGUCUAGCAAAAAUAUGUUGAGCGAUAGACCACUUCCGCUUGAUAACAGUGGCAUGGAAAAGCAGCAAAAUCCGCUUUUACUGGGACUGGGGAGCCAAGAGGAGCUUUUGCACCAAGAGCCGCAUUAUGAUUCUACAUUGGUAUUGGAUCCAGAAGUUAUUGAGCAUGUUAACGGUGAAGGGCGGCAACUUGAACCAACUUCCGGUUCAGAUUCUGGACUAUUUGACCUAGAUAUGCUCGAAGAAAACGAUAUGAGCACUCUCACUACGAAACAACAUUCAAGUACAGAAUCAUUUCCCGAGUUACUGACACAAUUUGGUACUAAACGCGAUCGAAUCAACAAAUGGUUACUGCAUAAGAUCCUUAUAUCUAGAUCAGAAGCGAGUCUUAUUGGGCUACAGCUACAAAAAGAGCCAGACACAUCGCCAUCCCCAUGGGCGGAAUUGAUUGUUGCCUAUUUUCAGUUUGAUUACGAUAGCUCGAAGCCUACAAAUAGCCAGAAAAUGAAGAACAUGAUCACGGAGAGAAGAACGUCAGAACUUCAGCAGUCUCCAAAUUACCAAGAGGAUAUAACAAUCACUUCACAUCCUACUCUACUUUCUAAGACUACUAUUGAAGAUACCGUAGCUGCUCCGAUAGCACACCCCGUUGAAAAAAACCGAAACUCUCAACAGCCUAACUCAUCAAUCGAUAUGCGAAAGACUGGCACAAUCUGAAUCUUCCAAUCCUCGUUCAACCAAAGUCGAUAUACCCACUCUAAUUCCGAAAUGCGAAUUAUGAUGAUCCAUGAGAGAAUGGCAGCUUGACAGCACAGAAUUUGUAAGAACCGAGAAGGAGUAGUGGGAAUGGACCAGCAGCAGAGCUGCAGAAGAUCCAGCAAUGAGGGCAUCGCAGGACAACCAGCCAAGAGAAUCUCUACUUACAAUAGCCAUUCUCAAGAGUUAUGGGUGUCGAAUUCUGAUGCCUCCCUCAACAGAGUAGCAAUCAUACAACCCUUGAUUAAGGCGAUCUGCGAUUCGAAUAAUUCUUUAAAGUGGCAAACAUCUAAGAUAUUGGGUUAGGUUGCGUGCGUGGUCAUCUGGACAAUUGUUUUAUGCACAAUGCUAUAGAGGAGUUAAUAAGAUGGAAAACUUGAUUCGGGAUUGGCAAGAGCGUAUCACAUUAACUCGUGUAAUCUUUAACGGAUUGUACCGCAUUGAUGAGGGAGCAAAGUAAAUUACGAUACCCUGAGGGUCUUCA